AUGGAAAAAAUUAGCACGUCUCUGUCCGGAAGUAAUAGUCAUCAAGCUCCUCCUUUACAAUCUAAUCCUACCGUAAGUCAAUCUGUUCCGGAAAGUACAAGGAAAAGGAAAACGUUAGAAUCCAGAUCUCAAGUAUGGGACCAUUUUGAGAAGAUUUUAAACGAGGAUGGGCUGGUUAUUAAAGGUAAGUGCUUAUAUUGUUCAAAAGUAUAUGCAGCUGAGGCUAAAAAACAUGGUACUUUCUUUUUAAAUAGCCACAUGAAAGCUUGUUUAAAGAAUCCACAUGUUAAAGAAACAAAGCAGUCAAUUCUUGCAUUUCAAUCUGCAAAAUCUGAGAAUAGUGAUGGUGCUUUGACCUCUUGGGUUUUUAACCAAGAGGUUGUUCGAAAGAUGUUAGCGAAAAAGAUUAUAAUGGAUGAACUUCCAUUUAGGUUUGUUGAAGGGAGAGGUUUUAAACAGCUUGUUGAGGCUGCAUGCCCUAGAUUUAAGAUCCCUUCUAGAUGGACAGUUAAUAGGGAUAUAUUCAGUAUUUACUUUGAAAAGAAAACCAACCUUAAGAAAUUGUUUAAGUCAAGCACGCAGCGGAUUAGUUUGACCACUGAUACGUGGACAUCUGUCCAAAGAAUCAAUUAUAUGUGUGUCACUGCACAUUUUAUUGAUGAUGAGUGGAAAUUAAAUAAAAAGGUCAUCUCAUUUGUGCCUAUACAUUCACAUAAAGGGGAAAGUAUAGCUCAGGCCAUAGAGAGUUGUUUGCUUGAUUGGGGAGUAAAAAAUAUUUUCACCAUCACAGUUGAUAAUGCAUCAAGCAAUGACAUUGCCGUUGGGUUCAUGAARAARAAGGUGGYGAAUURGGGUGGUUCUUCUACUAGGGCAGAGUACAUACAUAUGAGAUGCAUUGCUCAUAUUCUUAAUUUGGUUGUACAAGAUGGAUUGAAAUUAACAGAUUCAUCAGUUAAGAAGAUUAGGGAUUGCAUUAGGUGGGUGAGGGGUUCUCCAUCUAGGUUGAAGAAGUUUAGAGAACUUGCAGAAUUGCUUGAAGUGGAAGAGAAAAGUUCCUUAUGUCUUGACGUUCCAACUAGAUGGAACUCCACCUAUAUGAUGCUUYGAACCGCAAUAGGUUACAGACAAGUUGACAGUUUGGUCAUAUUUUUGAAGAUAUUUUAUGAGAUGACAAUUAGAAUUUCUGGCUCACUUUAUGUCACCUCAAAUUCUUUCUUAACCGAGAUUUCAGAUUUGAGUUGCAUUAUUGCCGAUAUGUUACAAUCUACGUCGAAAGUUGAAGAGGAAAUGGGUGUUAAAAUGAAAGAGAAGUUCAGUAAAUAUUGGGGUGAUCCAGAUAAAAUGAACUUCAUCAUAUUUUUUGGCAAUAUAUUGGACCCGAGAGACAAGGUUGAGUACAUGCAAGUCCAACUCAUUCAAAUGUAUGGUGAGGAUCAAGAGUAUGUGUCAACAUAUUCCGAACCUUCUACCACUAUGAUGCCUCCUCCACCCAUUAAGUGUGAGAAUGUUCCUGUUGGAAGGGUACAAUCUAGAUUAAAGAGCCAACUUAAGAAACAAAAGAUGGAAAGUGGGGCUUCACUCAACAAAAAGAGUGAACUUGAACUUUAUCUGAGUGAGUCGACCAUAGAUGAGACAAACGAUUUUGAUAUUUUAAGAUGGUGGAAGGUUAAUAGUGAAAGGUUUCCUAUUCUUUCAAAAUUGGCUAGAGAUGUGCUUGCAGUUCCAAUUUCAACUGUGGCAUCUGAGUCUACUUUUAGUACUAGUGGUCGGGUCUUAGAUAAUUUUAGGAGUUCUCUAUCUCCUAAAAUGGUAGAAGCYYUGAKAUGUACACAAGACUGGCUAAGAGGCCCUAGUCAGCCAAUUGCAGUUGAAGAAAACAUAACUGAUAUUGAAAAGACUACUGAUCUAAGUGAAGAACAUAUGCAUUGGUGUGAAAACAAGAUGACUAAACUUGUGGGACACUUUCUGGAGGAGACAUGUGUCAAUCCUGCUUUUAUAAUUAACCAUCCUGAGUUAAUGAGUCCGCUGGCAAAGUGGCAUCGAUCCAAACUAGGCUUGACUGAACGCUUUGAAUUGUUUAUCAACAAGCAUUAG